UUAAACAGUUUAAUUAAACUUCUAGCAGUUUAAUUAAUAACAGUUUAAUAAUAGUUUAAUUAAACUAUUUUAAUUCACUCAUGGCACUAUAGUAAUGUUUUUGUGCGGUGGUGUAGCGGUCCAUCCAUCCAUCCAUCCAUCCAAACAGUCAGCCCUACUUGUUUUUCAACAAUAAGCGGGAUUAACAAGCUAGAUGAUAUUGGUGAUGUGGAAAUGGAGCUCUGUAUAGCGCUUCUCUUAACAAUAAUGAAAUAGGGGGAAGUAUAAACUUUAAGAAAGCCACGGGCUAAAUAGCCCAUGAAAUGGUAAUAAUUUUGAAGAAUUGUUUUAGUUUAAGGAAGGAGUGCUGGUGUUGCAUCCAUUACUCUUGGUCCCUGACAAGAGGCCCUGAACUCCAACUGAGCUGUCCUUGGCUGCGAUUGUGUUCACUGGCAAUAUUGCUUCCUGAAGAACUCUAUUGAAGGGCAUAACCAUGAGACAUUUGCCUGGUCAUGUCUUCUCCUUUCUGGUACUGAUGCCCUUUUGGAUUCUGCAAAUAUCUUCCAUCAACCAAUGCAUUGUGAGAAGAGAAGUAGCUGACUGCAGUCAUCUGAAGUUGAAUCACAUACCUGAUGACCUCCCAACAAAUAUCACAGUAUUGAAUCUAACCCACAACCAACUCCGACGACUGCCACCUGCUAAUUUUACAAGAUAUAACCAACUUACUAUCUUGGAUGGAGGUUUUAACACCAUUUCAAAGCUGGAGCCAGAAUUGUGCCAAAAACUCCCCAUGUUGAAAGUCUUGAACCUUCAGCACAAUGAGUUAUCUCAACUUUCAGAUAAAACUUUUAUGUUUUGUCUGAAUUUGACAGAGCUCCAUCUAAUGUCUAACUCAAUCAGAAAAUUUGAAAACAAUCCCUUUAAAAACCAGAAGAACUUAAUCAAAUUAGAUCUGUCUCAUACUGGCUUAUCGUCUACAAAAUUAGGAACUCAGCCCCAACUGGAAAAUCUCCAAGAGCUUCUCUUAUCAAAUAAUAAAAUUCAUGCACUAAGAAGUGAGGAACUUGACUUCCUUGGUAAUUCUUCUUUACAAAAAUUAGAGUUGUCAUCAAAUCAAAUUAAAGAGUUCUCUCCAGGAUGUUUUCAUGCCAUUGGAAAAUUAUUCAGCCUUUUUUUGAACAAUGUUCAACUGGGUCCCAGCCUCACAGAGAAACUCUGUUUGGAAUUAUCAGGCACAAGCAUCCAGAAGCUGUUUCUGAGUAACACCCACUUGUCUAGAACCAACAACAUGACUUUCUUCGGACUAAAGCAGACAAAUCUCACUGUUCUUGAUCUUUCCCACAAUAGUUUAGAUGUGAUUGGCAAUAAUACCUUCACUUGGCUUCCCCAUCUGAAAUAUUUAUUCCUGCAGUAUAAUAAUAUACAGCAUCUUUCUUCUUUCUCUUUGCAUGGACUUUCCAGUCUUCAAUAUUUGAAUUUGAAGCGAUCUUUUGCUAAACAAACACAUCCCAGGAUUGAUGAUUUCUCCUUUCAGGGGCUGAAAUGUUUGGACUACCUUAACAUGGAUGAUAACAACAUUCCAGGCAUGAAAAGCCAUAUGUUCAGAGGAUUGGUAAAUCUCAAGAAUUUAAGUCUAUCCAGUGCUUUCACUGGCUUGCAAACUUUAACAAAUGAAACAUUUUUAUCACUCACUGAUUCUCCUUUACUCACACUCAACUUAACCAAAAAUCAAAUAUCAAAAAUAGAGCCUGGUGCUUUCACUUGGUUGGUCUAUUUAAAGGUACUUGACCUUGGCCUUAAUCAAAUUGAGCAAGAACUUACAGGUCAGGAAUGGAGAGGUCUAGGAAAUAUUUUUGAAAUCUACCUUUCCUAUAACAAAUACUUACAACUGACUAGUAAUUCCUUUGGAUUGGUCCCAAGCCUUGAACGUCUAAUGCUCCGAAGGGUGGCUCUUAAAAAUGUGAAUAGCUCUCCCUCACCUUUCCACCAUCUUCAUAACUUGACCAUUCUAGAUCUAAGCAACAACAACCUGGCUAACAUAAAUGAGGAAAUGUUGGAGGGUCUGGAAAAGCUAGAAAUUCUGGAUUUGCAGCAUAACAACUUAGAACGACUCUGGAAGAAUACAAACCCUGGCGGUCCUGUUCUUUUUCUAAAGGGUCUUUCUCAUCUCCACAUCCUUAAUUUAGAGUCCAAUGGCUUUGAUGAAAUCCCACCUGAGGCAUUCAAGGGCUUAUUUGAACUCAAGAGCCUUCAUUUAGGGUUGAAUAAUUUAAACAUUCUUCCACCGUCUGUCUUUGAUGACCAGGUGUCUCUAAAGUCACUGAGCCUUCAGAAGAAUCUCAUCACAUCAGUAGAAAAGAGUGUUUUUGAGCCAGUUUUCAAGAACCUGAGCAAUUUGGAUAUGAGCUUUAAUCCAUUUGACUGCACAUGUGAAAGUAUUGCCUGGUUUGUCAGUUGGAUGAAUAAGACUCAUACAAACAUCUCUGAGCUAUCAAGUCUUUACCUCUGCAACACUCCUCCACAGUAUCAUGGAUUCCCAGUGAUGCACUUUGAUACAUCACCCUGCAAAGACAGUGCCCCGUUUGAACUUCUCUUCAUGAUCAGCACGAGUGUGCUGUUGAUUUUUGUCAUGGCUGUAUUGCUUAUCCAUUUUGAAGGUUGGAGGAUAUCUUUCUAUUGGAAUGUUUCCAUACAUCGAGUUCUGGGCUUCAAAGAAGUAGACAAUCAGCCAGAACAGUUUGAAUAUACAGCAUAUAUAAUUCAUGCUCAUAAGGACAGAGAUUGGGUCUGGGAACAUUUCUCCCCAAUGGAAGAAAGAGACCAAUCUCUCAAAUUCUGUCUGGAAGAAAGAGACUUUGCAGCAGGUGCCCUUGGACUUGAAGCAAUUGUUAAGAGCAUCAAACGAAGCAGAAAAAUUAUUUUUGUUAUAACACAACAUCUAUUAAAAGACCCAUUGUGCAAAAGAUUCAAGGUACACCAUGCAGUUCAGCAAGCCAUCGAACAAAACCUGGAUUCCAUUAUAUUGAUUUUUCUUGAAGAAAUUCCUGAUUAUAAACUGAACUAUGCACUCUGUUUACGAAGAGGAAUGUUUAAGUCUCACUGCAUCUUGCACUGGCCGGUUCAGAAAGAAAGGAUACAUGCUUUCUAUCAUAAAUUGCAAGUAGCACUUGGAUCACGAAAUUCAGUGCAUUAAAUUGUUCAAAGGCUAAAUUAGUAAAAGAGUCACUGUUCAACUUAAAAAGUUUCAUGCUAAACUUAAGUUUUACUUUAGAGUAAUGUAGUGUGGUUACUCAUAUUUGUGGGUGAAGGUAUCUCUCUUCUAUGGAAAUAUAUCUCCCUCAUUCAGGCUUCUUACUGCCUGUGCAUUUUCCCUCUUGUAAGAAAAUCCCUCUACUAGUGAAUGCACAAAGGGUCUCUGAGGCUUAUCGUGACUUUGAAAGUUUCCUCAUUUUGUGACCAUUUGUUUGGGAUUCACUUACAAUAGAGUAGAGAUAAUUGUUUUCAUGAGGUUAUUUCAACUGCAAAAGGCAAAAGUGUUGGUAACCGUGACCUUCUAAAGCAAUGCAAUGGGAUAAUGAGCCAAUGAAAAUUAGAAAACACUGACACAUACACAGAUAGAUAAAUUCUGUCAGGAAGAAAGAGACUUUAUAGGUCCCAAGAGACCAGGGGUCCCAAAGUUCUCCUGCACCUGGGCCCUGAAUCCCCAUAAGCGAGCAUAUUUAUUUGAGUUUACACAAGGAAGGUUACCAUGGAUACAUGUACAAAGUAAAGCAUCUAUAUUAAUAUUACAAUCAGAGCUAAAACAGAGUUUUUAAGAGAGACUGGUUCCAUUGUCUUUUUGAGACAAGGACUGCAGCCCAGAGAAGGUCCAGACUCAGUGUCCAUACCUAUUUAGUACAAGGUUAAGUUGUCAAGAUCCCUGGCACAGCUGCCAGCCCAAGUAAAGAGCCAGCUGGCACCCCAGUCUCUUAGUCUUCUCCAGAGCUGUCUGUUUUAACCCUUCCUUCCCCAUGGCCAGCGCUCAGGGUUCUAAAUGCCUGCAAAGUGGCUUUCUAAACUCUCAAACCUUUUCCAGGUUUCACAGCUCAGCUUCAGAGUUCCCUCCAGAAAAGUAUUUAGAAAAAAAAUUAACUGCAGCUAUAUUUUUGUAUCAAAAAAGCUUUGUGUUUUAUGGUCACCAUGUUGAUUUGUGUUAAGUAAUACUUAAUUUGUCUAUUCCAGGGCAGAAAAUUUGACAAUGCAUUUUGAUUAUGUAAUGAAAUAAAAACUUGUACUAAAUACUUAUUUUUGUUUCCUAUCCUUUAAAUUCUAUUAGAGAAAUGUUUUAGAAAGGCUUUCUUCCUAAAAAGUUAGUCAGAAGGUAGACUUGGUUAAAAUAAAGAUUUUUCCCUUUCCUGACUCAAAAGACGAUGCUGUCCAAAUCACUUGAUUCUAUUGGGAUUUUUUGACUCUUGAUCUUGAAAAUCAUGAACAAUAAAAUCUCAAUCUCAAAAGCUAAUGAUUAUCAGCACAAGUUGAGAUAGAAUAUAUUGUUCCAGAAAAUAAAAUAUUAUC